AUUGUUUAAACAUUUGGUCUUAAAUAGGAGUAAAUGAAUGCUAGGCUAAUGCAGCGGUGAUAUAACCGCAGGCCAGUUUAACAUGUUUGCUCAGAGGCUGAGCAGGACCACAUGCCCUGGGCUGGCUUUUAACAGCUCAGUUUGGUCUGGUGAAGCCUGGCUGAGAGUAUUUAGCCUCAUCUAGCGGUAAAAUGUAAAACACACUCACACACAUACGGUGUUUUGGCGGCGUGAGGGACUCCAGUUCAGUUAGUAUUGUGAAAUGAGCUGUUUAAGUCAUGGCGAGGAAUGUGAUUCCGUGGAUUUGGCUGAGGAAGCACAUCUACAUACAGGCUCGGUUCUCUUACUUGCACAUGAAGUACCUGUUCUUCUCCUGGCUGGCCGUGUUUGUAGGAAGCUGGGUGAUAUAUGUCCAGUACUCCUCCUAUACAGAGCUGUGCCGUGGACAUGAGUGCAAAAACUCUAUUUGUGAUAAGUUCCAGAAGGGGGUGAUCGAUGGUACAGCCUGCAGCAGCUUAUGUGAGAAGGAGACACUGUAUUUUGGGAAAUGCCUGUCUGCCAAAUCCAGUAACCAGGUGUAUUCUGGUAGCUGGGGAGAUUUGGAGGGUAUCAUUAAAUGCCACAUGGAGGACGUUCCUCACUAUGACCUGGAAGCAGAGCUGGAACCACGGAGAGAAUCUGCAGCCUUUAAUAGGCCCACUAAAGGCACAUCUGUGGAGAAGUUCAGAGAGAUGGUCCUGAGCCAUCUAAAGGCGAAGGUGGGCGAUCAGGCCAACCUGCACGACUUGGUGGGGCUCGUGCUCGGCGUGGCUGAUGCCAACAAGGAUGGUGAGAUCUCUCUGGCAGAGGCACGCUCAACCUGGGCUCUACUGCAGCUGAAUGAGUUUUUGAUGGCGGUGAUUCUGCAGGGGCGGGAACACACUCCAAGGCUGCUGGGCUUCUGCGGAGACUUGUAUGUAGUGGAGAAGGUGCCGUACACACCACUCUAUGGCCUCAGCCUACCCUGGGCCGUGGAGUUAUGGCUUCCAGCAGGCCUGCGCAGGAGUAUGGAUCAGUGGGUGACGCCGUCAUGGCCUCGCAAGGCCAAAAUUGCGAUCGGUCUCUUGGAACUAGUGGAAGACAUCUUCCACGGGCCAUUUGGCAGCUUCCUUAUGUGUGAAGUGAAUGCAGCGUGCUUCGGUUACACUGAGCGCCAUGACCUGAAGGUGCUGGACGCCAGGCGCAUUGCUCCUGAAGCUGCUUUCCAGAAAGUGAUGCGCGAGCAGCGGUGUGAAGUUGACACCGACUGUCUAUAUGGAGUAGAUUGCCACACCACCUGUGACCUCACGAAGCACCGCUGCACCACCGAGGUGACGCAGCCAAACCUGGCUAAAGUGUGUGGUGCGCUGAAGGACUAUCUGCUCCACGGAGCACCGCCGGACGUGAAGGAAGAGUUGGAAAAGCAGUUGUAUGCAUGCAUGGCCCUGAGAGGAGCCACCGAGCAAAUGGAGAUGGAACACUCGCUCAUCCUGAACAACCUGAAGACACUGCUGUGGAAGAAGAUUUCGCACACAAAGGACUCCAAGUGAAAAUCAAGUUACUGUAGUUAUGUAGACAGGAAUCAAACUACAAAGGUGUCCAAUCGUAAACGGGGCUUUCUAAUUCAAAUGUUUCUUAAAUUAAGCUACUCUGGGCUCCCAAGCGAGAUAUCACGAUGGUGCAGUGGGUAUCAUUGCUGUCUCUUGGCUCCAGGGUCACCGUUUUGAUCCUGAAGUCAUGUUCCUCCCUGCGCCCACAUGGGUUUCCACUGGUUUCCUCCUACCUCCAAAAAACUUGUUGCUAUUUGGAUUGGCUAUGCUAAAUUGCCCUGUGUGUGAACGAGUACAAGUAUGCGAAUAGUGCCCUGCUAUGAAACAGCUGAAAAUUAGGUAUGACUAACGUGAGAAAAUUGGGUUUCAAAAAUUAAGCCAGUGAUAACGAUACACAAUCAGAGCAAACGCACUAUUCUGAGCGCUUGCCUGUAUACCUUGUUAUAGAAGGCACA